CCGCAAAUUAGCGUAGAAAAAUCAAAAUGGCGGCUUCAAGUGUGUUAUCAUACGUCAUCAGUGGUUGAUAUCUUCACAUAAAAAUGCAGAUACAUCAUCCUGAUAUAAGAAAAAGCUAUUAAAGCGUGUAAAAAUCUUCCGAGUACUUGUGCAAUGUCCAAAUUCUUUUGUUGUAUCGUAUAUUUCUUAUUCUAACCUAUGUGCACCGUCACCGCGGAGUGAAAGUGUCAGAACAAAGCUACAAAUUGAGAACUAUGUAAAAAUACAAGAUUUAUCGCGUCACUCACACAGAGUAUUAGAUACAGAUAGACAUGGGAUCAAAUGAAGAGACUAGACUUCCAAACGGUGAUGUCCGGGUGCACAGAGAUGUCGAUUGGUCUAGAUACGGUUUGCGUGACCCAGAGGCACAAAGAAAUACCAGAAAAGACAAUGAAGGCUAUAAUGCACUCGGUCCUGAAAUGUAUCAAGCUGGUGCAAAUGAAUUGUUUGCACAAGAAUAUAGUUCGGAUCCUUGGUGGAAAUCAAACUUUUUUAUUUCCCAACCUGUACUAUUUGGUACCUGGGAUGGAGUUUUUACGUCCUGUCUUAUCAAUAUAUUUGGAGUAAUUGUAUUUUUAAGGUCUGGCUGGAUAGUUGGCCAAGCAGGUGUUUUAAAUGCUGUAUUAAUAAUUUUGUGUACAGUGUGUAUCGCAUUAGUGACAGUAUUGUCAGCUGUAGGAAUAUGUGAGAGAUGUAGAGUUGAAAGUGGUGGAGUUUACUUCCUACUAUCACAUGUAUUGGGUUCCAGAUUUGGUGGCUCUAUCGGUUUGCUUUAUUGCUUUGGACAGGCCGUGGGUUGUGCUCUAAACGUUUUAGGUUUUGGAGAAUCAAUGGCUGGUCUUGUAGGUUUGGAAUCUACUUGGGCUCAACGUGGUUUUGCCUGUGCAGCAGUUAUAUUAUUGUCUGUAAUUAACGUGGCUGGUGUUAAAUGGGUUAUAAAAUUACAGUUUAUUCUCCUUUUGCUCCUACUUCUCGCUGGAGUCGAUUUCUUUGUUGGAAGUUUCACUCAUACCAAUAUUGAUGCUGGUUUUGAAGGAUGGUUAUCAGGAAACCUAAAGAACAACACUUUCAUGGAUUAUCAAGAUGGAUACAGCUGGUUCACCGUUUUCGGUGUAUUCUUUCCGACAGUCACUGGUGUUUUAGCUGGAAUCAACAUGAGUGGAGAUUUGAAACAUCCAUCCAGCGAUAUUCCCAACGGUACUUUAGCAGCGUUAGGAACCGGAACAUUUUUGUAUCUGUGCUUUUCGCUUACUUUGGCGGCUACUUGUGUCAGAAGCGCUCUGCUCACAAAUUUUAUGAUAGCAUCGACAGUGUCAGCAAUAUCGGUGUUGCUAUUGGCUGGUCUCUACGUAUCGUCAUUCAGCAGCUGUUUGGGUGCUAUGUAUGGCACACCCCGCGUUCUUCAGUCCAUCGCCAGCCAAAAUGUUAUACCGGGAAUGAGUUGCCUACAAAGAGGGAGAGGACCAAAUAAAGUACCUAUAUAUGCUAUGCUAGUCGUUGCUGUGGUAACGUUGACUUUCAUCAUUACUGGACAAAUUAAUACUCUCGCGCCGAUUGUGACGAUGCCUUUUCUACUGACGUACGCAUGCUUGGACUACGCAUACUUUGCCCUCGCGCAAACAUUCGAUAUCCGUCAUACGCGCGAGCAAAGAUUUCGCACUCAGUCGCCAACAUUCGACCGCAAUUAUGGUUCUGCUAGUAGGGACAAUUCUAUCACUGAUACGGACAACGAUUUGGAUAGCUUGUUUCCAGAGAGAAUAAGGCACAAGAACCUCACGGUAAGAGAUAUACACAUGAAAUACAUCUUUUUAUACAAUUCUAAAGGAUGCGCGAGAAUAAUUAACACGCGAUCUUAUUUGCAGAGGAACAACAGUGUUUCUGAUAAUAAUGUGAUUGUCGAUUCAUCGCCAAGUAUUGAUGACAACGCCAGCGUUGCGAGUGCGGAACGAAAAGUUCAUAUACACAAUAAAUUGGGAAACUGGUACAGCCCUUUGUGCAAUAGAUGGUUUUCGUUACUAGGUUGCCUCGUAAAACUGAUUAUAAUGUUUCUCGUGCACUGGGGAUACGCUAUCGCCAAUAUCGUCGUUGUAUUUAUUGUCUGGAGUUAUGUGGGUCACGCCAAUCCCGCUGUUAAGCCAGGAGUAUCGGCAGAAUUUCAGUUCUUCAAGUGGCUUCGGACUGCAUUACUUCGUCUUAUGGGGAGGAAGGUUUACGAUUACGAACAGAUCGUCGUGACACCGGUAUAUCCGGGCGUUGAGACGUGUUCUGCUCAAUUGAACGAGGAAAACGAGGAUUUCUCGGGGAGAAGAAGAUACCAUCAGACCGCUACAGUCACAGGUCAAUAUGUUAAUAUUGACUAGACGUCUGGAUACGAUCCAAACGGAGAAAUCAGCAGAGGUAUUUUAUAAAAUUCU